AUGUACUCUUCAAUUUUCAACGUCUUCUUCAAGAGAAACGCGGCCAUGGUGGCCACUGUGUUCACCGGAGCGUUCGUGUUCCAGGCCUACUUCGACCUUGCGGUGACCAACUGGUACGAAAACAGAAACAAGGGUAAACUCUGGAAAGAUGUCAAGCUCACUCUCGGCGGAGGAGACGACGACGGUGACGACGACGACGACGAUGGAUACACGCUCUUCCCACGCAGGUACUCUCUGCCCUCGCGGGUCACGCAGAGCAACAGAACGCUCUCCAGAUGGGUCUUGAGCAGGUCUGCGAGCGGCUCGAUCUGUUUGUCGGCGUCCAGCAGCUGCAAUUCGUCCGGCAACUCAAAGAUCUCGUCGUCCUUGAGGCCCCGGUUUUCUGCCAACGCAAACGGGCCAAUAACGUACGGGAGCAGGUUGAUCUUCUCGUCCUGGAGCAGCGUCAUGUGGCGGUUUGUGUCAAACAGCGAGUUCUUGAUCGUGUACACUACGCCCUCGCGUCUGGUCUUGGAGUCGUACUUGUCCGUGAACACCAGCAACUUCGAGAUAGGUACCACCUGGUCGUACGCUUGCUCUGCGACAAAGUACUCUCUGCCCUGCGGCAGCCGCGAGAUGUCCGAGAAGAAGUACGACAAGUAG